AUGAAACGGGGUAUGACCCUUCUCUGCAUUCUAAUCACAACAACUAAAACAGUAGUUAUGGCUUCCUUACAGAACUAUGUUCUUGCCAUUUUACUUUUGGCCACAAUCCAAUUCAAAACCACAUCUGCAGGUUCCCAUCACCACCACCAACACCUUAAAUCCCUCCACUUCUCACUGUUUCAACAUGAGACCAUAAACAAAACCGGAUAUAUCAUUGUGAAUGGUAUAAAAGGAGGAGCAGGAGUGACUCAAACCACAACCCCCUUUGGCACCUUAUUUGCCUUUCAGGACCCUUUGACUGUUGCAGCCAACAGAUCUUCCAAACUUGUUGGGAUUGCAGAAGGAACUACAGUGACAUCUAGUCUUGACGGGCUUCGAAGCAUUUCAAUUGCAAAGUUAACUCUGCGUUUGAAGCAGCACAAGGGGUCCCUUUCUGUUGUUGGUGUCACAGACAACGUAAAAUCCUCGGAUCUUCCAGUUGUAGGAGGCACUGAAGAUUUCAUGUUUGUGCAAGGCUAUGUUACUUCUUCUCCUGUUGAUCUUACGGGUCUCACUGUUGUCUACAAGAUUGAGUUUCAUCUUUAUUGGCCUCCGUAUGCAACUCAAGCCUCAUGA